GAUCUAGACGGGGCGGCAGAGUGUCGUCGCCACUAAGCGUAGGAGAAGGACUGAGUGUGGGGACUCGAUUUAGAUGAUAGAAAGAGAGAAAGAGAAAGAGAAAGAAAGAGAGAGAGAGAGCUAGUAACUUUUGCUUAUUCAUAACUUGAAAAACUUGUAUUUCGGGGUAGCUUGUGUCUUGAAGUGCCACUGUGUGUGUAUUUCUACAUAUAUUUCUAUAUAUAGAUGCACACACACAUUUUCUAGCUAUUUUUAGCUAAUAUUUAGAAUAGAAAGUUACAAUAAAGUAAUUGUAAUCAUGACAUUUCCCAAAGGUAUGACCUCAACGAUUCAACUCUAUACCUACUUAAUGCCAACUUGUUAGGACCCUUAACUUUUGAGCAUCAAAGCCUGUGAGGCUAUGAUGUCCACACAAUAUAUUCCUUUUAUGUUUGAUUACAAAGUAAUUAUGAUCAUUCUUGAAGAAGAAUUGGAAUAAGGUGAAGGGAUGCAUUAACAUAAAGAGUUAAAUGAAAGACAUAAUUCAACGAUAUGGGUGGUGACUGCUGUAUAACUCUAAGAACAACCUAACACAAAAAGCAAGAGGCGAAAAAGUCGAAGAAAACGGGUCAAAUGUUGUGGCGCUGCAUAUACCAAAUGAUAAAAACAACAUACAGAAACAUAGAAUAAGAAUAAGUUAAACAAGUUAAUGUCAUCCGGAAAGAACUUUACAUAGAGAAGAUGACUAACGUAAGGAAGGUCAGAGAUGGGGAUACUAAAAACUGUACAAAAAUUAUGGAUAACCUGGAAAAUGGUUUUACCCAAUUCCAGAUGGAACUCCAGCAGGCACUGCAAAAUAAUGUCUGGCAGGCUGGAAAAAUCAGCAAGCUUAGUGCAGAUCUAGAAGUGGAGACCAGAGAGAAGAAGUCUCUCUCGAAACAGGUAAAAGAACUAAAAGCCAUACUGGAAGUGAAGAUCACUAAAAAACUGUCCUUGUCUGAACAGAUCAAGGAACUGAAAACCAAACUAAAGGCGGAAAGUGAAGAAAAGCAGUCUUUGUCCAUUCAGAUUGUUGAUCUCAGAACCAAAUUGAAGGUGGAGACGGGAGAGAAGUGGUCUCUGUAUGACCAAGUUCAGUAUCUUAAAGAAAAGUUAGAAGUUGAGAAUGAGGAAAAACAAUCUCUUUCAGACAAUGUAAAGGAUCUCAAAGCCAAGUUGGAGGUGGAGACCAAAGAAAAGCAGUCUCUGUCUGACAAGAUUGAGGAGCUUACAGUCAGGCUAAAGGUGGAGAGUAGGGAGAAAAAGUCUCUGUCAGAAGAGAUUAGGGAUCUUAAAGCCAAACUGCAAGUGGAGACCAAGGAAAAGCAGACUCUGUUAGAUCAGGCUGAGGAUCUGAAAACCAAGCUGAAAGUGGAAACUGAAGAGAAGCAGUCUCUCGCUGACCUGGUAGAAGUUCUUAAAGCCAACCUUGCCGUGGAGCAGUCUUUGUCUGACCAGGCCGAGUGUGUGGAAGGCAAACUGGAAGUGGAGACCAGGAAGAACGUCUCUCUGUCAGAACAGGCUGAAGAUCUUAAGGUCAAGCUGAAGCAGGAGAGUGACGCAAAGCAGUCUUUGUUGGAUCGUGUUGAGGAACUUCAGGCCAUGCUUGCAGUAGAGACUGGGGAGAAAUGGUCUCUGUAUGACCAGGUUGAGUAUUUUAAAGAACAGUUUCAGGUGGAGACCGGGGAAAAGCAGUCGCUGUCUCACCUGGUUGAAGCUGUUAGAGCGAAGCUGGAGGUGGAAACCAGGGAAAAACAGCAUCUUUCUGAACAAGCAGAGGAUCUCAGGGAAAAACUUGAGGUUGAGACAAAAGAAAAGACAUCUCUGUCAGAGAAGGUCGAUGAGCUUAAAGCCAUGCUGGAUGUAAAAAUUAAGAUUGUCGACAAACUUGAAAAAGGUUUCGCACAGUUUUAUGCUGAACUCCAGCAGGCUUUGCAAGACAAUGCCUGGCAGGCUGGAAAGAUUAGCAAGCUUACUUCAAAGCUGGAGUGUGAAACCAGGGAAAAGCAGAGUCUGUCAGAGCAGGUUGAGGCUCUUAAGGUUAAGUUUAAGUCCGAGCAGUUUCUCUCUGAACAGGUGGAUGACCUUAAAGCCAGGGUGGAGGUAGAGAGUAGAAAGAAGCAGUCUCUGACAGACCAUGUCGAAGAUCUACAAGCCAAGCUAGAGUUGGAGAUCAGCGGGAAACAGCUUUUGCUAGAACAGGUGGACGAUCUAAAAGCUAAGCUAGAGGCGGAGACCAAGAUUGUCGAUAACAUGGAAAAUGGUUUUGCACAUUUACAGGCGGAACUCCAGCAGGCGCUGCAAGACAAUGCUCUGCAGGCGGUAAAUAUUGGCAAAAUCACAGCGAAGCUGCACGAACAGGUUGGGGACCUUAAAACCAAACUGGAGACGGAGCAAUCGUUGUCUGACCAGAUUCAGAACCUCAAAACCAGGUUGGAAUUUGAGACCGGUGAGAAGCAGGCCCUGCUGAAACAGAUUGAGGCUCUUAAGUCCAACCCAGACGUGGGGCACUCUGUGGCGUACAACGUAAAGGAUCUUAAAGCCAAGACGGAGGUUGACAAUCAAGAGGAGCAGUAUCUGUCCAAGGAAAUGAGAAAAUUGGAGACUAAUAAAAGAACCAUGAGCAACAGAAAAAUAAAUAUUCAUGGUGAUUCCAAGACAUGUACUAAGAUUAUGGACAAUCUAGAGAAUGGGUUUGCGCUUUUUCAGGAGGAACUUCAGCAGGCACUGCAAGAUAACGCCUGGCAGGCUGGGAAAAUCAAUAAGCUCUCUGCUGACCUGGCGCUAGAGACAAGAGAGAAGUAUUCUCUGUCAGAACAAGUCGACAAUCUUAAAGCCAAGCUGGAUGUAGAAACAAGCGAGAAGGAGUCUCUGUCAGACCAGGUUGAGGAUCUUCAAGCCAAGCUGAAGUCAGAAUCUGGAGAGAAAUGGUCUCUGUACGACCAGGUCGAAUAUCUUAAAGAACAGCUCGAGGUGGAGAUUGAAGAAAAGCAGUCAGUGUCAGAUGAGAUUGAGGAUCUAAAAACAAAACUGAAGGUAACGAACGAAGAAAAGCAGACGCUUUACUCCGAGGUCCAAGAUCUUAAAGUUAAACUAGAAGAGGAGACAAAAGAAAAACUCUCUCUGUCACGCGAGUGUGAGGAACUCCAGGCCAAACUCGAAAUUGAAACUAAAGAAAAGCAGUCCAUGUUGGCGGAACUUGAGGACCUGAAAAGCACGCUCAAAUCCGCAGCUGAAGAAAAGCACUCCCUGUCGGAGCGAGUUGAGGAUCUGAAGGCCAAGUUGAACGUGGAGACAAAAGACAAGCAGUCUCUGCUAGAUGAGGUUAAGGACCUUAAAUCGAUGCUAAAGAUGAAGGUGAGAGAGAAGCAGUCUCUGUUGGAUGACGUCGAGGAUCUGAAAGCCAAGCUGGAGGUGGAGACCAGAGAGAAGCAGUUGCUAACAGAUGUGGUUGAGGAUCUCAAAGCCAGCAAUUUAAAAUUCAAAGACGAGCUGGAUGAGCAGCAACUGGACCAUGCACUGCGGUGCCACAUGCUCCACACAGAACUGGUGGACUUGAAAAGAGACAAUUUCGUGCUCAAUCAAGAGUUGAAAAAGGAGAAGGACAAACAUGCGCACAUUCAAGCUGAGGCCUCUAGGCUGUCCACCAAGCUUAAGGCUGAGACUAAAAAGAACGAGUCUCUGUCAAAAGAAAAAGAGUGUCUUAUAACCAAGCUACAGAAGGAGCAACUGUGGAGACUGCAGUUGAGUGAGGACUUGCAGAAAUAUGAAGGCACCCUCCAUCCGACCUUUCACGCAGAAAACACUGUCCCAGAGACAAAGGCCGCCUAUCAGAUGUUGGAGGAACUGCAGCGCGAGGUUGCCAGCCUCUCCAUCAGACUUAAAAACGAGGUAAACGAAAACAGGGGCCUCUACAAAUGGAGAGACUACGAGGUUCAUGAGCUGCGGCCGGAGCAAAACUUGAACCUCUUGAACCUAAAUAACCCCAGUUGUGCGCAUCAGCUGCAGACGAAGUCGCCCACGCAGUCAAGCGGAGAGAAAACAAACCUCAGUCACAAAGUGGAGCACCUCAAGGCGGCCAACGAUAAGCUCGCCACGAAACUGCAGAUAGAGGAGCAGCUCAGUUAUAACUUCCACGUGUUAACCGACAGGCUCUCUGCCAGCCUGGAGACAGAGACUAAAAAGAACAAGUCUCUUACUGCUGAACUACAUAAAGAGCUGACUUGGAGGCAGCAGCUGAGUGACAGCUUCCAGAAGGAAAAAGAUACUCUUCAGCAGCAACUUCAGGCUCUCCAUCAGAAGCUGAAGAACCAAAACAUAGCACAAAGUGAUAACCUGCCAAGUGAAGAGCCAGAAGCCCUGGAGCAUGUGGAGUCAGAGGUCUGUGUCGAAAGACUACCCGAGAAGAAGAAAAGGACACCUGUUAACCAGUUCUUUGGCUGGCGCAAAAAGAACAAGGUUAGAAAAGCAGGUGAGGAGGAAUGCAGUUCCAACUAAGACUUCUGCAUUUC